GCCUGAAUUAAUGCCUCACCACGAUUAGAAGCUCUUUCAAGAAAAAGUUCAGUCGCAUCAACCUCGAAAGUAUUUUUGAUCUUCAUCUUGAAGGCUCACAAUCAACCACCACCAAUUCCUUCCGAUCCGACAUUCUUUCUCUAGCAUACAUUGAUACCCUUCUAUUCUCUCAGUGUUAUCUUUUUAUAGAAAACAAUGUCGUCUUUUGCGCUAGAGAAGGAAUCGCCUUUGGGCUUCCUUUACAAUAAUGCUGUCGCUGAGGCUUUGUCAAAUUCAUACAACACUUUCCAAGAGAAGAGGGAAGCGCUGGGUCUUUCAAACCCCGGAACAGUUGAGAAUAUUGCUAGAGAGGUUCAACGCGAUGUUUUUCUCAACAAUUAUACAUUCUCUGGUCUGAGGGCGGAUCUCACUAAGCCUUUCAGCAUGGCUCCAUUAUUCCAAGUCUCUCAUGCAUUCUCUAUGGGAUCUCAAGGUUUACCACCAUAUACAUUUGGUGCUUUAUUCGGCACAAACAAGGUCAGUAAUUGUUUGUGAAAAUGUUCUCACCAUUUUAUACGAGGCUCCCACUGUCAAUUUUUAGAAAACAAGCUGACAUUGCAAUUGGCAGAUCUUUAUGCAAGGAAAUAUGGACAAUGAAGGUCAACUCACCACUCGAUUCAAUUACAGAUGGACUCCAGCUUUUGUUACCAAGACUCAACUUCAAGUCGCCCCUGGUCAAGCUAUGAUGCAGUUAGACAACGAAUAUACUGGAAAAGAUUUUACAGCUUCAAUCAAAUCUCUCAACCCUUCAAUACUUGACGGAGGAUUCACAGGUAUCUUUAUUGGUCAAUACUUACAAGCUGUUACUCCAAAUCUCGCUUUGGGUUUGGAGGCUGUCUGGCAACGAGCGGCAAUGAACCAAGGUCCCGAAACUGCAGUCUCAUACUGUGCCAAAUACAAGGGUAGUGAUUGGAUCGCCAGUGCUCAAUUACAAGCGCAAGGAGCCGUAAACACAUCCUUCUGGAGAAGAUUGACAGAUAAGGUCGAAGCUGGCGUGGAUCUUAACUUACAGUUCGCCGGGUUGUCUGGAGCUGGUAUGAUGGGAGGACCUAUUAGAAAAGAGGGUGUCACAACUGUUGGUGCCAAGUAUGACUUCCGAAUGUCUACUUUCAGAGCUCAAGUUGAUUCAACCGGAAAGUUGAGCUGCUUAUUAGAGAAGAGAGUUGCACCACCUGUUCAACUUACCUUUGCCGCUGAGAUGGAUCAUUUCAAGGUAUGUAAUUUUCACCUCAGAUCUGAAUGUUCACUGAUAAUUGCUAUAGCAAGCAGCAAAGAUUGGAGUAGCAGUUUCCAUCGAAUCUGGCGACGAAGCCGUCGAAGAACAAGCAAUGGCAGCUGGAGGUGCUCCACCUCAAAUCCCAUUUUAAACAUAUACGACUCGAUACAAUGCUUCUCAAAGCGCAUCCUCCACUCCGAAAACUAAUGGAAUUUAAUGCCAACUUAAAACCUUUCACGAGCGAACAUGUACACCGACUAGCCACCUACUUCAUUUACAUAACAGACUCAUUUCUGCUAUGCCAAACCUACACGAAAAGCCUCUUCAUUUUCUUUCGAGAUGUCUACAACGAUGAACCUCGUUUCUUUACCAAUAGCGAAAAGAGGUACAGCUCUGCAUACAUUUCCAAACCAAACGAUGAUCCAAUAUUUUUUUUCUUUCUUCUAUCAUAUCCUAGAAUUUCUUUAUACCUCAUGUUCUCGGGGACUCUGCGUUGUUGGAGCAGCAUAUCUGAAAUUUGGUCGGAAUGGAAAGCAUUGUGAGUGCUUUUGUUUAAGAUAGCGGAUAGGAUCGAUACAAAAUCUGGGCAUGGAUGAUGCAUGAGAUAUCAUGAGGAAGAUGUUAUAUGAGGAUAGGUGCUUCUGUAUUAUAGUGAUGCGAUUUUGUAGCGACGACGAUGGGGAUGGAGGCAUGACAAUAUUGUCAAUGUAGAUAUGUAGCUGUGUAUAAAAAGACAGGAUACGAAUGAAUGUCUCAUAAAGUCCGAAGAUG